GGUUGCAAGACAAUCACCAUACAGCAACAUGCGCAGGAUGGCGGAGGAGGUACAACCUGCCAAUGAGCAGAGCUCCUGGAUAUCAAGCUGGCUUCCCUCUUGGUGCCCCACAUCUCCCUCUCAGCUAAAGGAUGCAGAAGAAAAAAUGCUCAACAAUGUGACGCGGCCUUUCUCCAGGCAGCAUGUUCGGAUAUCGAAUGGCAACUAUCUGUGGACCUUGGCUUUUUCCACUCAGCCACUGCUAUACUCCCAGUCUCUCCCCCAGUCUAGGCCUCCUCUGGUUCUGCUGCAUGGCUUUGGCGGUGGAGUUGCUCUUUGGGCCCAAAACCUGGACUCUCUCUCUAGCACCGGGCCUGUCUACGCUCUUGACCUGCUUGGCUUCGGCAGGAGCAGCCAUCCCCAGUUCAUCACUGACCCAGAGGGGGCUGAGGGGCAGUUCUUAGAAGCACUGGAGGAAUGGCGGGAGAAGGUGGGACUGGAAGAAAUGGUGCUCCUGGGACAUAACCUCGGAGGAUACCUGUCUGCUGCCUACACUCUUAGAUACCCACACAGGGUGAAACACCUCUUGCUGGUGGAGCCCUGGGGUUUCCCAGCUCGUCCAGAGAACCCCAACCACAACUCCAUCCCAGUGUGGAUCAGAACCAUGGGGGCUGUCAUGAGCCCCUUCAAUCCCCUGGCUGGACUCAGACUGGCUGGGCCUCUAGGUCCAAUACUGGUCCAGACCAUCAGGUCUGAUUUCAAGCAGAAAUACUCAUCCGUGUUCAGUGACAACACUGUAUCUGACUACAUCUACCACCUGAACGCCCAGACCCCAAGUGGAGAAACAGCCUUUAAGAACAUGACCAUUCCCUAUGGCUGGGCUAAGAGGCCUAUGAUGGAGAGGAUUGGCCAGGUCCAAGCUGACAUUCCCAUUUCCUUCAUCUACGGAUCCCGCUCUAGCAUUGACAGCGACUCUGGAUAUGCAUUAAAAAUAUCCAGACCAGAUGUGGAAAUCACAGUGAUCAGAGGAGCAGGCCAUUACGUUUUUGCCGACCAGCCCGAUGACUUCAACCAGACAGUCCUUCAGAUCCUCGCCAGGACUGAAAAGAAAAGGAGACCCAUCACUGACUAAAGACUAUGACACUCUUUCCACACCCUGGCACUCCCCAAGGCUUGAAAAGAUGAAUGUUGCCAACAGCAGGAUGCAAAAGAUCAGUGAUGGAAAAGGCUACAGUUUGGUACACUAAAAGAGGGAGGCUGAUAACCUGGAGAUAUAUUAUGUUUGAACACUAAGCACCCUGGCUUUUACCAGUCCAGCCCGUCUGUCAUUUCUGAGACAUCAACUGGCCCACACACCCUGUCUCCUGGCAACAGGGUACCCACAGAGACUUGAGUCUUUUGGAUCGCCGAUGAGCAGGAAGUGAUGCUGUGGUUGGACGGUGUAAUUAUGGGUUGUUUGUUUCCUUGAAGAUGCGUUCAGCAGAAGCUGCAUGUGCACAGUCUCUUGUGGUUGUAAACAUACAUACACACACACACACACACACACAAUGCGCCCAGGCCUCUGUACAUAAUACUUAAUAAGCCUGCAGGGUUAUUCAUCAUCAUCUCCUCCCUCUCUUUGUCACCCCCUCAGUCACAUGAACACAAAAUCAUUUCAUUACAAAAAGUGAGAAAAAUGACAGGAGCUUUCAUACUGGGUUUGGAUAUAAUUGAAAGCUUGAAGGCCUGAAAUAACUGCACAUUCUGUAAGAUUUGUGUGCACACAGAAACACACAGCGUUGCACUGCUGCUGGCAGGCUAUCAGCUCCAGUUUAACUUUAAUCAACACCACCGCAUAGAGGUUUGUGCAGCCAAAGCAUCAGGAGCUCAGUUUUAAAAGCUAACAGCGAUGUCUCUUUGUGAUUUGCAAGACUGAACUCUGACUCAGUUUGGUCUUAACCUGUAGUCCUAAAAUCAGAGUUGAAGACUAAUUGUGUUUAAUGCUUGGGCACAUUUUUUUUUCCUGUAUAAAUGAGCAUGGAGUCAGCACUGCAGAAGGCUGUCCUGGAUGAGCACUGCUCUUCAGACACCAAACAUCUGCUCUACUUGGCGUCCAUCAUGACUGCACAGAAGCCCCAGGCAAUCAAGUCUGUUUUUCAUGUGACAAUCAACCAGUGUAAAGCGAUGCAUGUGUCAAAGGUGGCAGCCAGCAUGACAUCUGCACAAUAAAAAAGACAGUAUUACUAUUAAGUCAGUGCAACUAAUGUUAAAUGAAUAGAAUAUCUCUUUCUUUCUAGAAAAUUUACUGUUGUGCAAAAUAUCUAAAAGGUUCAGUCAUUCUCCAGGAAUUCCAAAAAUUGUAUGUUUUUAUGCAGUGAGAUCACUUCGCAGCACCUUGCAUCUCUCAAAUUACACCAAAGGCGACAGAGUCUAAUGAUUCCCAGCAUUUCAGUUCUGUCUGCAUCACAGUCAUAAAGACGUCAGACAGAAGCUGAGCUGGAGUUUGUCAGCUGGCUGCUUGUUCUCUGCAGCCACAGCACAGGAAAAGCUGUUGAUGUGAGGACUUCUCUUCACCUCGCAGAUGGAAUGAAAAGGAUCAGAAGAGGCACUGAGGCUUCAAGAUUUAGACUCAUAUGAAGGCAUCUCAUCAGUGACUGAUACUGAAGUACUAAUGACUCAUAAACUCCUGUAAAGCUGCUAAUUUCUCUCUCUUCAGUGAAACUAUUGAUCCUGCAGAAGUAAAACUGGUCUCUGAGCUACUGCCUGUCACCAAACAAAUUUCCAUACUUGUUCCAUCUGUUUACACAGAUUUUAAAACUACCACUGGGCCUUCUGCAUCCACUUUCAUAUUCCAUCUUCAUUAUCAUCACCAUCAUCAUCAUUGUUAUUACAUAUUCAGAUGACCACAGCCACCCUUGGUCAAAAUGGUUAAAAUGACUGUAAAGUAGCAAGAAUGAAUAUUAAAGUGCAUAUUAAUAAGAGCUCACAUGACUUCUUGUUACCUUCAGCUCUGCAGACCACAUUACGUCUUUCAGUUCAUUGUUUUGGGUUUUCAGCUCAUAACUGUACUGUUUUUGUUCACUGCUGUGAUUCAUCAGCAGCAGGCAGCUGUUUUUAGUAAAAGGCUAGUACACUACCUGCCCAUCGGUGACUAGCUGAGUGGCUUAAGAACAAGACAUUUGAGUUGGUAGAAGUAAACAGGGCAAAAAGAGAGUAAAUAUUGGACUUACAUUCAUUAGAUGGCCUGAUACAUGACCCCAAAUGAUGAUAGCAUGGCUCCGUAAUUGCAAGAUGUCUAAAUAAGCCACUGUUUGCA